ACAGAAACCAUGUCAUUUACGAAGCUCAAAAAGCUCUUACCGAUUACCUCCACAACACCAAAUCCAUACCCUUCACCUAUGCAGAACACAUUGGCAACAAUACUUUCUGUUCCCUCACAAAUCUCAUUUCAAAGGACUCUUUUGGAAGCUGCUUGUGUGCUUUGUGAUUUUGGGUUUCCUUGGGAGAAGUUAGGUGUGUUGUAUAUGGAGAAGAGUUCUAUAUUUGGGAAAAGUGUUGAAGAGUUGAAAUUGAGGCUUUGUUGGUUUAAAAGAUUUGGUUUUGGUAAUGUUGAAGUUAUUGGGAUUUGUUUGGCUUUUCCUUUUGUUUUGAGUGAGGAAGUGGAUCAAAUUCAAAAGGGUGUUUUUGGGAUUGAUGGGUUGUUUAGUGAUCUAAAGUUGAUUUUUUUGGAUAAUUCUUUGGGAAGUUAUGUUGAGGGGAAUGUAGAUUCUUGGUAUGAGGUGUGUAGAAAAUUGAGGAUGUUUUUCGAUUUAAGUGGAUGGAAGGGUAAUGUAGGAGAACUCAUGGGGAAGAAUAAGAGUAUAUUUGUUGAUCACAAAGAAGAUGAGAUAGUACAUAGAGUAGAGUAUUUGUGUAGAUUUGGUGGAAAGAAGGAGGAAGUGGCUUUGUUGAUUCUACAAUGUCCUGAAGUGUUGAAGCUUGAUUUGGAGAAGACAGUGAUUAAUGUGUUGGAGCUGUUGAAACACUUUGGCAUGAGCUCUAAAGAUUUGGAGGAUGUUAUUGAAAAUUUUGGUCACGUGUUGGGAACAAUUAGAAUGGUUAAUCUACCAAAUGUGAUGAGAGCUAUGGGUUUGCAAGAAUGGUUCUGUGAUAAGUUAAAGGGUGGACAUCAUCAGUUGUUAGCGGAUUAUAUCGCAAGUGAUCGUAAUGAAGACAGGGAUAAAGUUUAUCAAGAUGGUUUGAGGAGAAUUCACAUUUCACGAGCUCGAGUUCAUAGCAUUAAUAAGUUAAAUUUCUUACAUAGAUUAGGCUUUGGAGAAAAUGCAUUGACUAUGAAUCUUUUGGAUUGUUUGCACGGCACAAGCAGUGAGUUACAGGAAAGAUUUGACUGCCUUCUUCGCUCAAGAAUUGAAUUCUCAAAGCUCUGCAUGAUGGUAAGAAAAACCCCAAGGAUUCUGAACCAAAAUUAUGAAAUUAUAGAGCAAAAAGUGAUUUUUUUCAACCAGAAAAUGGGAACAACUUUGGACUAUCUGGAAACUUUUCCAGCAAUGUUGCAUUAUCACUUGGAUGACCGAAUUAUACCUAGGUACAGAUUCCAUACGUGGCUUACAGAAAGGGGUCUGUCUUAUAGAAAAUAUUCCGUUCAAAGUAUGAUCACUGAUAGUGAAAAGAAAUUUGUAGCCCGAGUGUUUAAAAUUCACCCAGCUGCUCCAAAACAUUGGUUCGAGCAAUUCUGUCGCCGUAAAUUGCCAAUGUAAUAACUGUGGUAUUUAUACCUAGUAUAGUGUAAGAAUGUAUGAUGAACUUUAAGAAUGUCUCUGAUUAAUUUUGCACAGUAUACAUACUAUUAAACUU